GGCAAGUGCAAUCGAUAGAGGAGUACCAAUAAUUUUGAAUUUUUCUGAAAUGAUUUUAAUUUUCCAGAUUAUCAAGAUUAUGACGCACGUGGAAUCUAUCCAGAUGCUCCUCGUUUCGGUAUGCCUGGUCCCUACAGAGCCGACUUUUCCGAGUCGUGGUUGUGGCAGAAUCUGACUAUUCCUCCAUCAGGGAGGGCCGAGCUUGUAGUAAUAGUGCCUCAUUCAACAACUUCUUGGUUCAUAACUGGGAUUUCAAUUGAUCCUAAAUAUGGUUUGGGUAUCGUCAAGAAACCGAUCACGUUCUCGACCGUUAAAAUCUUCUUCAUUUUGGACCACUUGCCACACGCGGUCAAAAGAGGAGAGACGAUAUCGUUACAUUUUACUCUUUUCAGCUCAAUGCAAGAAGAGUUUGAGGCCACCGUGACAUUGUUUAAUGCAAAGAACCACUUUCAGUUAAUCGAUCGUCCUGCAGAAGAUGCGUAUGAAACGAAAAGUGUAUUCGUUCCACCAAAUUCUGAUGUACCAAUUUCGUUCCUAGUAAAAGCAAUGAAGCUGGGAGAGUUGGAGAUCCGGGUGAAUGCAUCGAUCAUGCAAGGAGUAAUCUCCGAUAGCUUCAAGAAAAUCGUUAUAGUAUAUCCGGAAGACGUAGUGGUUCUGAGGUCAAAACUAAUACAAUUCGAUUGUGAUAGCCCAUCAAAUCAAUCGUUCGACAUUUCGCUUUUUAUGGACAACAAGGCAGAAGAUCGCGACGCUCCAGUUGACUUAAUAGUUUAUCCGGAUCAGAAAUCUUUAAAGGGUCUUCAAAACCAUUAUAAUGUGUCACUCGGUCAUGAACGCUUUGUAAAAUUAAUGCAUGUAAAUUCUGAUUUCCAUGAGAAUAUCACGAUAACAGAAAUUCCAUUAACAAGGGAUCUAUAUCAUCUUAACGGCAAGAUUGCUAGGAAAUUAUCAGUGAUCGUCAUGAGUUCCGGGUCAGGAACGAUUCAGAUCAACUGGCAAUACCGUCUUAAUUUGAUCUACUUUAAGCCCCGUUUCAAUAUACAAAUUACCAAACUACCGACUCCCACUAAGUGGAUGAAGGAACUUCAUAUUUGUUGUAGUUUCAUUCCGGAGGAUAGAGAUGAUCACUCAAAUGCAACGAUUAUAGAAGUGAGCAUCCCAAUCGGCUUCGCGAUGGAAAACCAUACUGUAGUUGAGGAAACAACAAUCAAUCUCAUCAGUAAAAUCGAAGUACUACAUGAUGGAACGACGGUGAUCGUACACUACAACCAUAUAGGUAACGAGUCGAAAUGCUUCAACGUGUUUGCCUACAGAAGGUAUAAAAACCGAGUCAGACAUCCAUCAUACAUCAAGGUUCAAGACUCCUAUCGGCCAGAGCUGAAUACAGUAAAGAUGUUCGAUUUCCAUUAGUUAAUAUGCGUAGAUUGCAGACGAUUCCUGCUGAUAGUUUAUCAGCAAAUAAAUGUAUCUUAA